AUGUUAUCUUCAUUAACUGUAUUACCUUUAUUAACUGCAUUGCUUUCAUUAACUGUGUCACCUUUGUUAGCUUUGGACAAAAUUAAUGUUAAAGAGUUACAGAACCUAUGUGGAACAUAUGAUCUUUUCACAGGAGACAACAAGAAGAAGUUAAGUAAUAGGUUACAGAGAUACUUUAAGAAAAAAAGAGAAAAGUUGCAAGAAAAACUUCAAGAGGAUAAUGUUGAAGCAGAAGAACUUUCAAAAAAAGAUGUAAAUGAUUUUAAUGAAAAAAUUUCUGCAGAUAAACUAUUAGUCAACUGA